UCCUGGCCCACGGCAUGGGCGACCUGGAGCUGCUGCUGCCUGGGGAGGCUGAUGUGCUGGUGCGGGGCCUGCACAGCUUCCAGCUACGGGAGAUGGGAUCUGAAGGGUGGAAUAAGCAGCAUGAGAACCUGGAGAAGCUGAACAUGCAAGCCAUCCUUGACGCCACUGUCAGCCAGGGUGAGCCCAUCCAGGAACUGCUGGUCACCCACGGGAAGAUCCCAACCCUGGUGGAAGAGCUGAUUGCCGUGGAGAUGUGGAAACAGAAGGUGUUCCCGGUGCUAUGCAGGCUAGAGGAUUUCAAGCCUCAGAAUACUUUUCCCAUAUACAUGGUGGUACACCAUGAGGCCUCCAUCAUCAAUCUUCUAGAGACAGUGUUCUUCCACAAGGAGGUGUGUGAGUCAGCAGAUGACAAGGUAUUGGACCUCGUGGACUAUUGCCACCGAAAGCUGAUACUGCUGGUGGCCCGGAAUGGCUGUGGUGACCCAUCUGAGGAAGAGCGGCCCCAGGACAGUACCCCUAUGCAAGAGCUGCAGAAACAGGCCGAGAUGAUGGAAUUUGAGAUCUCACUGAAGGCCCUCUCGGUCCUUCGCUACAUCACCGAUUGCGUGGAUAGCCUUUCCCUGAGUACCUUGAACCGCAUGCUCAGUACUCACAACUUGCCCUGCCUCCUGGUGGAGCUGCUGGAGCACAGUCCCUGGAGGCGGCGGGAAGGAGGCAAGCUGCAGCGAUUUGAGAAUGGCCGCUGGCAGACAGUGGCCCCCUCAGAGCAGCAAAGACUAAACAAGCUGGAUGGGCAAGUGUGGAUCUCGCUGUAUAACCUGCUGCUCAGCCCUGAGGCCCAAGCCCGGUACUGCCUUACAAGCUUCGUGAAGGGACAGCUGCUUAAGCUUCAGGCCUUCCUCACGGAUAUACUACUUGACCAGCUGCCCAACCUGGCCGACCUGAAGGGUUUCCUGGCCCAGCUGGCCCUGGCUGAAACCCAGCCCCCUAAGAAGGACCUAGUGUUGGAACAGAUCCCAGAAAUCUGGGAUCGGCUGGAGCGAGAGAACCAAGGCAAAUGGCAGGCCAUCGCUAAGCACCAGCUGCGGCACGUGUUCAACCCCUCAGAUCAGGAUCUUCGCCGGCAGGCACAGAGGUGGGCUGAAACCUACAGGCUGGACGUCCUAGAGGCCAUAGCUCCAGAGAGGCCCCGCUGUGCUUACUGUAAUGCAGAGGCCUCCAAGCGCUGCUCCAGAUGCCAGAGUGUGUGGUAUUGCUGCAGGGAGUGCCAAGUCAAGCACUGGGAGAAGCACGCCAAGACAUGUGUUCUAGCAGCCCAAGGUGACAGAGCCAAGUGAAGGCUGCCGCUGCUGAGGGCCCACGGAGGAGCUCACCCAGAAUGUGACUCUGAGCCUCCAGAACUCUGCCUGGUCCCUGUCAGACCUCAAUUUCCCUGGUGGUGAGCACAGCUGAGUCAAGUUAAGCUGCAAACCACCGCCACCCGACAUACACACAAGCAAAGACUCUUCACUUCCUGCCCCACCCAGCGAAUACGCCGAGAACAGAACUAGGCCGCAGCAUCAGCAAACUGGCAGGCAGGGUUGGGGGGCGUAAGCAAGGGCCGGAUGUGGAGACCCUCUUCCUUUAUCACAGUAAAACGGACUCAUGAAAUGCA